GGCAACGCGGUUGUGGCGUCAUCAACCAUCGACAGACUAGACACGUUUUGCGUAUAUUCCGGUUGUUAAGUGCAUACAUAACGCCGCGGUGAUGCGAGAAUUAUCCGAGGAAAAUAGAUUGUGAGUGGCACUAUGGUCUGAUGGACCGCCGCUUCUUCCUGACCUUUCUCAUCUGCUCCGCACUGUGGAUCAUCUUCUGGGAAGUGCGCUGGAAGAAAGGCAAAGACGGCCAGAUUGAAGAAUGGCUACAAGGACAAAGUCUCUCUCAAUACAGACAUUUAUUUGAAGAUGUGCAGACUUUGGAGGAGUUGAGUCUGACUGUGCUGAGUCGCUUGGAAGAGGUGGUGAAGGAACAACAGAGCUGGCGCGAAAUCGCUGAGGCUCAUAUCCGACUGCUCCGAGACUUUGCCUUCCAGGAGUGGCUUUGUUCUCAGAACCUGGGACACUUUUACAAAACGUUGAAGACAUUGGGUUAUAUGAAUCUGGAUGAUCUUUCACAGUUCGACAGUCAGUUGCACCUCACCCUAGCCGCUUGGGGGUACUACUACGAAGACUACAUCAAGUUGUCGACAGGCAUCAAGAUCCUCCAGACCUCACGGAGAAGUCGGGACCAGGACUACGAAAUCCAGCUGGUGUACAGUCUUGCUGAAAGGCGUCUGAAUGAGAAGUGGUCAAUUGCGGGAGCACUCCUAUUUGGCUGUACAGUGGCGCUGUGUUUUUUGAUAAGGGACCUCAUGUUUUACGUGAUUGGUGGAAUUACUGUUUCAAUCAUUGCAUUUGUCUUCACCAUCAAGUUCCUGUGUGAGCUUGCAGCCAGGGUUGUCAGCUUCCUUCAGAAUGAGGAUCCGGGCCGGCGCGGCGACCGCAGUAUCUACGACUAUGUGCGGGGCAACUACCUUGAUCCACGCUCCUGCAAGGUGUCCUGGGAUUGGAAGGAGCCACAAGAAGUGGGGCAGACGAUGAGCUUCAGAGUCCAACUAUUCUAUAAGAACGGCCAGCCUUUCCCGGCCCAUCGGCCUGUGGGGUUGAGGGUCAACAUCACCCACAUUGAACUAGCUCUGGAUGUCCCUGUUACACAGGAGGUUUUACAAGAACCAGAGUCAAACGUAGUAAAAGUAGCUUUCACCGUGCGCAAGGCUGGCCGCUAUGAGGUUGCUGUCAAGCUUGGUGGACUCAACGUGGCCUACAGUCCUUACUAUAAAAUCUUCCAGCCAGGUACCGUCGUCCCAUCCAAGACCAAGAUAGCCUACCAUUUCUCGACACUGGUGCUAACAGACAGCCAGCAGCACACUCUGCAGAUUGAGCCCAGAGAUGAAUAUGGAAACCCCACCAGUAACUCCACAUCACUCACAGAUGAGGACAACUACAGCAUCUACAUACACUCUCUGGACACAGUAGAUGACGACAGCAUGGAGGGCUACUACAGUAACACGGUGUCCCUCAACAAGCAGCAGUGUCAGGUUCUGAUGAAACUAACCCUGUGGAAGACCGGCUGCUUCAGGGCCCGCAUCACCUAUCUCGAUCAACCCCUCAGCAAUGGGGAAUUUGACAUUAUUGUUCUCAAUGAGAAUGAGAAGGCCUACGUGGAGAAGAAUGUGUCCACACCAGGCAUCAGCAUCUACUUUGAGGCGUACCUCUAUAGCAAUGAGAACUACAGCAGCUCCCCGUGGCAACUACCCGCCUCCGCUUUGUUGGCUCCCCAGAGGAGUCCGUCCAUGGGUGAGGAGGAGGACGAGCACGACUCUCCUGUGGAGGGCCAAUCCGAGAAGGUCAAGAAACCAAAAAAGGUCUACUGUUACAUAUCGCCAAAGCAACUAUCUGUGAAGGAAUUCUACCUGAAAAUUAUUCCGUGGCGCCUUUUCACCUUUCGAGUUUGUCCUGGAACAAAGUUUAGCUAUCACAGUCCCGACCCCGUUCACAAGUACUUGACUCUAGUGGUGGAUGAUGGAAUACAGCCGCCCGUGGAGCUCAGUUGCAAAGACAGGAACAUCAUGGCAGCCACCUUUAUCCGCUUUCUUCACAAAAACAUAGGCGGCUCAGAAACCUUCCAGGACAAGGUGAACUUCUUUCAACGUGAACUCAGGCACAUCCACUCCAAGAGACCUCGCACCAAGACCUGCCUAAAAAUCACCCGGCACACCAUUCUCGAUUCAUCCCUGAAGGCAACGCGGAACUUCUCGGUGUCAGAUUGGAGUAAAAACUUUGAGGUGCUCUUUCAAGAUGAGGAAGCUCUGGACUGGGGAGGGCCUCGCAGGGAAUGGUUUGAGCUGAUAUGCAAGACCCUCUUUGACACUUCCAACCAGUUAUUUACCCGCUUCAGUGACAACAACCAGGGGCUGGUGCACCCGAAUGCUGAGCGACCACCACACUUGCGGCUGAAGAUGUACGAGUUCGCCGGCUGCGUUGUUGGGAAGUGCCUGUACGAGUCUGCGCUUGGGGGGGCUUAUAAACAGCUAGUCCGAGCUCGCUUCACGCGCUCUUUCUUGGCCCAAAUCAUCGGUCUAAGGAUGAAUUACAAGUACUUUGAGACGGAUGACCAGGAGUUCUACAGGACCAAAGUGUGUUUCAUCUUGAACAAUGACGUGAGCGAAAUGGACCUGGUGUUUGCUGAGGAGAAGUACAACAAGUCGGGACAGCUGGAAAAGGUGGUGGAGCUGAUCUCGGGAGGAGCACACAUUGCCGUGAACAAUGAAAACAAGAUGCACUAUCUCAACCUGCUGGCCCAGUUCAGGCUGGCCAGUCAGGUGAGAGAUGAGGUGGAACACUUCCUGAAAGGUUUGAAUGAACUGGUUCCAGAAAACCUGCUAGCCAUAUUUGAUGAGAAUGAGUUGGAGCUGCUGAUGUGUGGCACCGGCGAGAUAAACGUGCAGGACUUCAAGGCCCACGCUGUGAUCGUCGGCGGAUCGUGGCAUUUCAGGGAGAAGGUGAUGAAGUGGUUCUGGGCGGUGGUGUCCAGCUUCACCCAGGAGGAGCUGGCUCGCCUCCUGCAAUUUACCACCGGCUCCUCCCAGCUGCCCCCUGGAGGUUUCAACACCCUUUGCCCUUCUUUCCAGAUCAUCGCAGCCCCCACACACAGCACCCUGCCCACCGCACACACCUGUUUCAACCAGCUGUGCCUCCCGACCUACGACUCGUACGAGGAGCUGCACAAGAUGCUGAAGCUGGCCAUCAGCGAGGGCAGCGAGGGCUUCGGCAUGCUAUGACGCGACCAACGAGAAACCAGUCACUCUUUCUCCAGCGUCCUUUCCCUCUGUACUCAUCGGAAUCUUGUAAAGUCUUGUUAGGAGAGGGUGUCGCAGGAAAAGUCUGCGCUGGAAUCCCUAUGAACUUGUGUAUGUAUAUUAAAACAUUUUGUUUUUAAAGAGCAACCCAACAACUGUUUAUAAGGAGGAGAGAGUUGAGUUUCUUUUGGUCUUAAUUGUGACGUUAGCGGAUUUUUCUAUAAGUGAACGUUAAUGAUACUAGAGCAAAGGCCUUGAGUAUUAUUGUACAAACUGAGGAACACUAAAGUGAGGCAGCAGCUUCCGUGUGAUGUGGGCGCUGUCUGCAUCACGAGCACUUUGGCCUUAAACCAUCAGGGACUUAUGUGUUUGUAAAUAUAUACUGUCGCUUUUAUUUACCUGUACAUACUAGUGUGCACAAGGGAGGGUUAGGGCCACACCAAAUCGAAACAAAAUUAAUCCAGGAUUGAAAAAUGAGUUUUAAGAUUAGGAGUCUGAAAACGAAGCCAUAAUUGAUCGAGAAUAAGGUGGAAGUUUUAUGAGAAAUUAGCUAUGUUACAAGAAUAAAGUUGAACUAUUUAGAAAAUAAAAUUGGAAUAUUAGAAGUAUAAACAAAUACCAAUUAUGCUGUGAUAACUAGCGUAAUGUACUGGUUGAUGACAGUUUGGGUUCAUCAACCCUUAGUUAUGCUUGUUACCGCUGCAUACAAGGGGAGUCUGCCACUUUUUUUUUUAUUCCCUUCCUUUUAUUGCAAUACUGUAUUUGUUUGUCAAACCAUUCCAACUUAAAUCUCAAACAUACAACUAUCAUAUUUUCGUUCCCCCCCUCCACCAUUUUUAUUUUCAUAACUAACUUAUUUUCUGACUGUUCUCGUAAUGUUGACCUUUUUCUUCAUCAUUCAACUACUGUUAGUCGUUUACUUUUAUUACUUUGUUCCCCUCACGUAAUGGCUUUAUUCUAAGUAUUUAUAAAUAGGACUGUUCUCUUACGACGUAAUUCCAGUAAUACCGCUUCCCCCCCCCACCCCCCACCCCCUUUAACCUAACAGUAAUUCCAGUAAUGCCGCUUUUUUUCCCUUAACCUAACAAUUUUAUUUAAAAAAAAAAUAUAUAUAUAUUCCUGUCGUAUUGCAACUUUUUUCUCAUAAGAUACUGACUUUAUUCUUCAAAAAUACAAUAAUCGUAAAACUUUAUUCCCUUUAUAAAAUAACUUUAUUCUUGUUUUAUAUAUAAAGAAGUCACUGAACUGAAUGACUUUUUUUUUUAAUCCCCUCUUAUUUUUGAGUGUGGUCCUAAUACUCUUUUGUGUUCUAACAUUUUUUAGAUGACCUUUUUUUUUUUUUUAAUUUUAUUUUAUGAAGAGAAGGGAUGUGAUUGAUUUGGAUGUUUAAUUUCUAGAGUGCUUUUUUUCUGGUGGGGAGGGGGGGGUCUCUAUGUUUUUAACUUAUUGUGUGCCGAUGAAAUAUUUAUGUCGAUCCACCAUUUUGAAUCAGGAGCGCUUUAGUGUUGGGUAUUUUGAAAGGCUGCCUUAUGCUUGGCCUCUGAUUGUAUCCAGAGACGUGUACAGCUGAGUGGAGCGGUCAACUACGACAUCUAAUUGUUAGCUACGACAUCUAAUUGUUAGAUAGUACCCAGUGCUUGUGAGCGUGUGUUUUUAACAAUCACAGCCUCUUAUGGGAUUACCUCAGCAUCUCCAAAAGGCCGCCUAUGCAUCCCGUCACACAGGCGUAGAGUGGCUUUGAGCAUACACGCACAGUUCAUAGUUGCCUCCUUUUACACAACUCUCUCACACGUCGUUGUCUGCCCUUUAUAAUGUAGAAGAGUCUCCACUAACUUUAUAACCGUUCUGUUGUUGAGUUGAAAUGUAACAAUAAAUGUGAAGACAAAGUCAAACAUUAGGAUGCUCCUGGCUCCCCUGAAGGCUUCACUACCAUUUGAAGUUGAGCACCUCAGAGAUCUAACACUAAAGGAAGUGUCAGACAAGCGAAGCAAAAUGGGACACGCUUUCGCUGGCCUGUUUUUUUUUAUUUUUA